AGUGGUCGUAAAUAAAAUAAUCACAAUAAUAAAUACUUGAAAUGUAUUUAAAUCCACGUCACCACUUUAAAUAUGAGUUGAAUUAUUUGUUUUAUUGUUAAAUCAACAUAUCGAAAAAUAUUAGCAUUAGCAGACUUUGAAUUCUUACUUGCGAUUUUUAAACUGUCCACUAGAGGGCGCCAAUGAUUAUUGAUAAACCAACUGUAACAUUGUUACGUAUGUAAAAUACUUACAUUUUUUAUUUAUUUAUUACUAAUGAAGGCUUCAAAUGACUGAAUAAAUCCCUGAAAGUUUACUAUUUUGUAGUACUUUUUGAAUUUGAGCAUGCAAUUUAAAAAUAAGAAAUAUAAAGUAAUAAAAAACACUGAAAAUUCAGAAAUAAUAUAAAGUAGAGAAAUAGUUUGGCGUUUGAAUAAAUAAUUAUUGGUAUUAAAAAAAAAAGGAGUUUGUUGCUUUAAAAAUGCUAAUAGCUUGUUUGGGUUUAAUGACGUCAUUUCCGGGGAAAGCUUUCUCGCAUCCUACUUUUUGUUGGGACCAGGGAGAGAAGUCUCGCGCAGGCGGAAUAAAGGAGGAAGAAAGUUGAAGACAGAAAUGCUCCAGGUUGUUGUUUGGACGUGUAAAAUGCAAGCCGGCGAGCUUUUGCGGAUCAUUUAACGGAGGAGCUUCGGUGUGUCCCGUGCAGGUGUGACAGUGUGAUCCUCCCUGGCUCCCAGCAUGCUGAGUUUCCUGCGCAGGACACUAGGGCGGCGCUCCAUCCGCAAACACGCGGAGAAAACUCGCUUACGGGAGGCCCAGCGUGCCACCACACACAUCCCGGCUGCCGGGGAUGCAAAGUCCGUCAUCACCUGCCGCGUGUCCUUGUUGGACGGGACGGACGUCAGCGUUGACCUGCCGAAAAAAGCCAAAGGCGAGGAGCUGUUUGACCAGAUCAUGUACCAUCUUGACAUCGUAGAGAAAGACUACUUUGGACUGCGCUUCAUGGACUCGGCACAAGUUCCGCACUGGCUCGAUGUUACAAAAAGUAUUAAAAAGCAAGUGAAAAUUGGCCCGCCCUACUGCCUUCACUUGAGAGUUAAGUUCUACUCCUCCGAGCCAAACAACCUGCAUGAAGAGCUCACCCGGUACCUUUUUGUGUUGCAGUUGAAACAAGAUAUCCUCAGUGGAAAGCUGGAGUGUCCGUUCGAAACGGUGGUGGAGUUGGCUGCCUUCUCGCUCCAGGCUGAACUCGGGGAUUGUGACCCACUCGAACAUACCUUGGCCCUCGUGUCAGAAUUCCGGUUUAUCCCCAACCAGACAGAGGAUGUGGAGCUGGCUGUAUAUAACGCAUGGAAGGAGUGCAGGGGUCAAACACCUGCCCAGGCUGAAAUUAACUUCCUGAAUAAAGCAAAGUGGCUUGAAAUGUAUGGCGUCGACAUGCACAUGGUCAAGGCACGUGACGGUAACGAGUACAGUCUGGGUUUGACACCCACUGGAGUUUUGGUGUUUGAGGGAGAAACCAAGAUUGGCCUCUUUUUCUGGCCCAAGAUCACUCGUCUGGAUUUCAAAAAGAGUAAACUGACCCUGGUGGUGGUGGAAGAUGACGACCAGGGCAAGGAGCAGGAGCACACCUUCGUCUUCAGAAUGGAUCACCCUAAGGCCUGCAAGCACCUCUGGAAGUGUGCGGUGGAACAUCACGCUUUCUUUCGGCUGAGGGGGCCCGUACAAAAGAACUCGGCACGCUCCGGCUUCAUUCGCAUGGGAUCACGCUUCAGAUACAGUGGAAACACGGAGUACCAGACAACAAAGUCCAAUAAAGCUCGGAGGUCGGCGUCCUUUGAGAGGAGGCCCAGUCGACGCUACUCCAGAAGAACCAUGCAGAACAGAGGACCCUUCCAUCCUCAGGAGGUUCUUUCGUCCGGCAACGGAGUCAGCUCCGGCAAAGACAACCAGGUCUCCUCCGGUAGAGGCGCCUGGUCAGGGGUGCCGGUGGUCAGCCUGGUGCCAGCCUCUGCCUGCGGCCCGCUGGAAAUAGAGCCUCUGCCCAGGAGUCCUGGAGGGGAAAAGAGAAGUUUACCGGUGGCUGCUGACCUGAUUGAAACGUGCAUUGAUGACGUCCUCAGGGCUUCUGUCGGUCCCACAGUGAAGGCUGGUGAUGACGCAGGACCGAGUAUCGCUUUCGCCCCGGCCAGCGCCGCCUGCGAAGACCUACUCGCCCUUACUGAAACAGCAGCUCGCCUCAAGCAGUUGGAGUUGGAGAGCAGUCCACGUCUGUCCAACAACAAGGUCAACAUCAACAUGGUCAUGAAUAACCAGGAGGACGUGGUGAAGCUGGCAGAGAAGUGUGGUCUGAAGAGUGCAGCGAGUAGUCCCGUGGUCACGCCCCUACGCACCCCAGACGACCUGAAAAGUAAUAUUCUGAAAGCCCAAUCUGAGGCCGCCGCCUUCAAGGGAUGUUUGGAGGACCAUGUGCCAGUGAUUGCUGAAAAAAACUGCAAUUUGCAUGAAUCAUCCUCCAGCAGUCGGCCUGAUGUCGCAGACACCUGGGACCUGUCCUCACUGGACUCUCCAGCAGGCACCACCAGUGCUGAGAGGUUAUGUGAAGAUUCAGCCCGCCCUCUACACAAGUUGACCUCGGAGUCCGUAGAAAGCGCCGCACUAAAGGUUAAAGUGGAAGAAGUUGACGUUCCAUACUCGCCACUGCCUGAUAAUCUGAUUGACUUCAGUGAUCCAGUCCUUUUACCAUCAGUGCAUCAAGCUAAAGUUGCCAUCACUCCUCGCUGGAUCAUUCCCACAGCUGCUCCUCCUGGUAUUUUUACUAUACGGCCUGCUGCACCCCGACCACCCCUGCAGAAGGGGGGGGCUCUGUCCCCCUCAGCCCCCCCUCACACCGCUCCCACAUUUAACACCAACCCAGUCAGCAUUACGGCUCCGCAGGAAGCCUCGGAGGCCGCAGCCACACCCACUGGUCUGCUGACUACUGAGCUCUGAUGCAACCAACAAGCAGGACCGUGAGUAUGUUGACAUUUAGUUUCCAGUCCACAUUGACACUGACCAGUGAGUGCCGGUGGUCACAUGACGUGGUCACAUGACGUGGUCACAUGAUGCUGACUUAAAAGACAUCCUGACAGUCGGACUGAAAAGGCGACAUGGAUCACAUUUUGUCAUGUAACACAUUAUUCUGCGUGAAGAGAUGACAACUGGACUCUCUCCUACACGUAUUAAUGGUAUGCACAUUCUGACCAGCCAUCUUUUGUUUUUUGGAACUUUUUGACCCACUGGAUAUCAUUUUUGUCACUGGACCCUUUUACAUUGUUAUGGAUGUCCAUCACCCGAGCUGGUACUUUUUAUCAUCAUGCUUUUAUUUUUGAUAUCGUAUGUAACCACGCUCUAAUUCUGCUGUCCUCUAACCAUACAUCAUUUGUGUCAGGACAGUCAAACUUUGAAAACUUUUUUUGUUUUUAAUUCCCAUGACUUUUGUUUCCAAGUUGAAUGUGAUCGUGUUGCUCUGCAAAAUGUGAAGUGUGCUCACACGUGGAAUUAGUCUUUUUUUUGCAUGGGAAAUUAGUAGCACUGAAAAUAAGGGCAACAUGAUCCCGGAUGUCUUCAUGCACCACACAAUAAUAUUUACAGUGUUACUUUGGUUUGGGCAGUCAUUUCUGUCAAUUCAAUUCAUUUGUUACACAGAUAGGAACACAGACUAAUUAUCAUUGAAGGUGUACAAUUUUUUUUUUACUUUUACUCAUAUUGAAUCUCAAGCGAUUCAUCAUUUUUAAAGAAUGAGUACAAAAAGUUGUUUUUUAAGUUAUGUCCAUGCAACCAGAAGGAGCUUUUCUAACCUGUAGUCUGUUUUCAAAAAGUUAUUUUAGAUAAUUAUACCCAAUACUACAUUGCAAAAAUGUCUUUGAAUUAGGGAUGCAUAAAAAAUGUAUUUACAUCUUAAUUAUAAAUUGUUUCAUAGAUUUUAAAAAGUUGAUAUUUUUUAAUUAAGAAUAUUAGGCCAUGUCCAUGCAAACAGGAGUUUAAUAAAGUUUUAAUAUUAUUACACAAAUAAUACAUAGAGAGAAUCAAGAAUUGUGUUAAAUCAAUCGAGAAUUGAAUCGUUAGGUACCUAAUAAUCACCACACCCUCAAUAAUUAUAGCUUUACAUCAGAAUAACACACUAUUUAAUAAAUGAAUAUUUCACAUCACAGUGUUUUUUUUAAUUUUUUUAGGUAAGAGAGGAGCUAAGCAGACAACACCUUCUUAUUUUUUCCCCCUGUCUUAAACUACAUAGUAUUUCUCACCUUCUUUAUCAAAGUGCUGGCACUUGCAUCUUUUUUUGGCCCCAUUGUGGAUUUGUUUGCCGCCAUCCUUUUUUUUUUUUUUUUUUAAAGCAUCAACUGAGUUAUUAACAUCUUUGCCAAGCACAAUUUAGCCCCAACAUGUUAGUGAAAUGAUCCGAGGCACCACUGUAGUAAAAUACCGUAUUUUUCGGAGUAUAAGUCGCUCCAGAGUAUAAGUCGCACCUGCCGAAAAUGCAUAAUAAAGAAGGAAAAAAAACAUAUGUAAGUCGCACUGGAGUAUAAGUCGCAUUUUGGGGGGAAAUUUAUUUGAUAAAAUCCAACACCAAGAAUACACAUUUGAAAGGCAAUUUAAAAUAAAUAAAUAAUAGUAAAGUGUACGUUAUAUGAGGCAUAAAUAACGGAUCAGCCACUUACGGCGCUCCUUAAAAAAGGUGGGAAAUAGUGAUAUUGGGAAAGGGGGGAAGAGUAAAAAAUAUCAGUCAGAGGCUGGACCCUCGGGAGGGGGUCCAUACUGAGUCCGAGGGAAAAAAACUCAUUUGCCAUUGCACACAUAAACAUAUAGAAUGGGAGAGAAAGCAGAGCUGACUUGGUUAAGUUUAAUGAGUUUACUUGCGUCUUUUAGAUAUAUAUCGGCCAUGUUGUAUAGCAGUGGUCCCCGACCACCGGGCCGCGGGCCGGUACCGGGCCGUGGCCCGAUUGGUACCGGGCCGCAGAAUAAUUUUUUUUAUUACAAAAAACAAUUUUUCUUUUAUUAAAUCAACAUAAAAAACACAAUAUACACUUACAAAUAGUGCACCAACCACAAAAAACUCCCUUUUUCAUAACAAAAACGUCCCUUUUUCAUGACAAAGAAGAAAAGAAGAAAAAAAAAAAAAAGACACCCCCCCACCCCGGGCCGCGGGACAAAUUGUUAAGCGUUGACCGGUCCGCGGAUACAAAAAGGUUGGGGACCACUGUUGUAUAGGACUGACAAGAUCAAUUUCCUUGCAUUUCAGUGCUUUAAUGGCAAUUUAACUCAUUUACGCUUAUCAAAGCUCCGAGAAUGAAGCGUAUCGUUGUCUGGCGCCAUCUGGUGGUAAACGGGCGCAAUUACACCAAAACAAAACGGCAAAAACAAGCUCUAUUUGGUUUUCAUGAAAAAAAAGCAUACCGUAUUUUUCGGAGUAUAAGUCGCACCGGCCGAAAAUGCAUAAUAAAGAAGAAAAAAACAUAUAUACGUCGCACUGGAGUAUAAGUCGCAUUUUGGGGGAAAUUUAUUUGAUAAAAUCCAACACCAAGAAUAGACAUUUGAAAGGCAAUUUAAAAUAAAUUACCCAAAAUGUUGAAAGAGCCAUAUUGGACCAAAAAUACAAAAACAAAUCUGUCUGGAGCCGCAAAAAAAAAGUCAAUAACAUCAACAAAACUCACCUUUGUGCGAUCACGCACAACGUUAAAGGUUUGGUGGACAAAAUGAGGCAGAAAAAGAAGUGGCAUAAAUCACGUCUUAGAAAGUCGGAGAAAUUAUGCAUGUAAAUAAACUAGGGUGAGUUCAAGCACCGCUAAAAUUAGUAGGACAAAACGGCGCUUGCCAAAUACUCGAAUCAGUGAAGCAUGUUUAAUAUAAACUGUGUGCUUUAUAGCUAUUAGGGAGGUUUGUGUGAUGUUUGUCCUCCUACAGAAACCAUAUUAAAACAAAAAAUAUGUUUUUUUCCCCCUCAUCAUUUUCAUUUUUUAUAUAUUUUUGAAAACGCUCCAGAGAGCCAUACGUUACUUUCUAAAUAUUCCGGUGUCUACUAAUUUCAGUCCAUAAUUUCUUUGAAAUCCUACUAAAUCAGGGGUCGGCAACCCGCGGCUCUGGAGCCGCAUGCGGCUCUUUAGCGCCGCCCUAGUGGUUCUCUGGAGCUUUUUCAAAAAUAUAUGAAAAAUGGAAAUGAUGAGGGGAAAAAAACAUAUUUUUGGUUUUAAUAUGGUUUCUGUAGGAGAACAAACAUGACACAAGCCUCCCUAAUUGCUAUAAAGCACACAGUUUAUAUUAAACAUGCUUCACUGAUUUCUAGUAUUUGGCGAGUGCCGUUUUGUCCUACUAAUUUUGGCGGUCCUUGAACUCACCGUAGUUUGUUUACAUGUACAACUUGCUGACAUUUUCUUUGUCUCUUCCGCGAAUGAGAGAAAUAGUAUUAUUUGAUAUUUUACGGAAAUGUGUUAAUAAUUUCACACAUAGACGUUCCGGAGUAUAAGUCGCAGUGCGACUUAUACUCCGAAAAAUACGGUACUUUCUAAAUAGUCCGGUGUCUACUAAUUUCAGUCCAUAAUUUCUUUGAAAUCCUACUAAAUCAGGGGUCGGCAACCCACGGCUCUGGAGCCGCAUCCGGCUCUUUAGCACCGCCCUCUGGAGCUUUUUCAAAAAUAUAUGAAGAAUGGAAAUGAUGAGGGGGGAAAAAAACAAAUUUUUUGUUUAAUAUGGUUUCUGUAGGAGAACAAACAUGACACAAACCUCCCUAAUUGUUAUAAAGCACACAGUUUAUAUUAAACAUGAUUCGAGUAUUUGGAGAGCGCUGUUCUGUCCUACUAAUUUUGGCGGUCCUUGAACUCACCGUGGUUUGUUUACAUGUACAACUUGCUGACAUUUUCUUCGUCUCUUCCGCGAAUGAGAUAAAUAAUAUUUGAUAUUUUACGGUAAUGUGUUAAUAAUUUCACACAUAAGUCGCACCCCCGGCCAAACUAUGAAAAAAACUGCGACUUAUAGUCCGGAAAAUGCAGUACUUACUAAAUAUUCCGGUGUCUACUAAUUUCAGUCCAUAAUUUCUUUGAAAUCCUACUAAAUCAGGGGUCGGCAACCUGUGGCCCUGGAGCUGCAUGCGGCUCUUUAGCGCCACCCUAGUGGCUCUCUGGAGCUUUUUCAAAAAUAUAUGAAAAAUGGACAAGGAUGAGGGGAAAAAAACAUAUUUUUUGUUUUAAUUUGGUUUCUGUAGGAGAACAAACAUGACACAAACCUCCCUAAUUGUUAUAAAGCACAGUUUAUAUUAAACAUGCUUCACUGAUUCGAGUAUUUGGUGAGCGCCAGUUUGUCCUACUAAUUUUGGCGGUCCUUGAACUCACCGUGGUUUGUUUACAUGUAUAACUUUCUCCGACUUUCUAAGACGUGUUUUAUGCCACUUCUUUUUCUGUCUCAUUUUGUCCACCAAACUUUUAACGUUGUGCGUGAAUGCACAAAGGUGAGUUUUGUUGAUGUUAUUGACUUGUGUGGAGUGCUAAUCAGGCAUAUUUGGUCACUGCAUGACUGCAAGCUAAUCGAUGCUAACAUGCUAUUUAGGCUAGCUGUAUGUACAUAUUGCAUCAUUAUGCCUCAUUUGUAGCUAUAUUUGAGCUCAUUUAGUUUCAUUUAAGUCCUCUUAAUUCAAUUUAUAUCUCAUGACACACCAUCUGUAUGUGAUAUGGCUUUUAAUUUUUUGCGGCUCCAGACAGAUUUGUUUUUGUAUUUUUGGUCCAACAUGGCUCUUUCAACAUCUUGGGUUGCCGACCCCUGCUUUAAUGCUAAUCAUCAAACUCCUCUGCCGCCCCCUUGUGGAAAUAAUUCAUUCCAACCAUUAUUUUUCUUCCUGAGCAUCUCAAAUUGUUAUUUUGUACUUGUAAAAUGAAAGUGUAAUUGUAUAUUUUCUACUUGAUUCUUACUAGCCUGUGCAUUGUGAUGAGGUGCAGUUAUUUAUGUUAGCGCUCACGUAGCACACGUCUUGUGUAUUUAGCAUCUAGACGGCAUGACUUCUCGCAGUAUUGUCACCACAGUUAUUAACGAGGACAAGUUCAGUUUAAGUCAUUGAAGAAAAGAAAAGAUGUAGACAACUUUUUUAAACUGAUGUCUGAUAUUUUUAUGAUGAACGUUCAGUCUUGUUAGCGCUCACUUUUGGGGAAUGUACAAGUUUUAUGCUGAAGGGACCACAUCAAUAUAUAUUUUUUUUAAUCAACAAUGAGACAAUGAGCAGUGUCAAUGAGGAGUAAAUAAAAGUCAUUCAGUUUCUGGUGUUUUCAUGAAUGAAGCAGUUAGUGAUUGUAUUAUUUAUUACACUGUUUACUCUCUCACUAACUUACUUCAAACAAACCAUCUCUACAAUUCACACAAUCGAACAUCUCUAACACAAAAUGGGUUCAUCUGAAAAAACGGUUGUUACAUGAACAGAAAAGAAUAAAAAAAAAUUGUGUCCAAAAA